AAGAGUCGAAUUUUUUAGCCAUUUGGUCAGCUCAGCUGGUAGCUAUUUAUUUUAUAUUAGGUUAAUUUAAAAACUAAUUUUACGUGAAUGAAAAUUGUUUAGUAAAGGAAGAAACGACAAUUUAGAGCAAAAGACCAGCUUAGAGUUAAUUACGACCGUAGGCGCAAUGAACUUCCUGCGACAGACAUUCAACGUUACGAAACAGUUGUCACAAAAAGUGCUCAGCGGUAACCUGUUCCAGUCUAUACAAAAUGGCAGUCUAUUCGAGCCUGCCAGCCGCAUGGCCUCACUGAACCAAAUGCAUCGCACUGGUCCACACUACAAAAAGCGUCCACCACGUCAACCGCUCGACGGAAAACCUUUCGCAAAGGGCGUUGUCCUUAAGACACUCAUCAAGAAACCGAAAAAGCCCAAUUCGGCAAAUCGUAAAUGCGUAUUGGUGCGUUUAUCUACCGGCAAGGAAAUGGUCGCUUAUAUACCCGGCGAAGGACACAACUUACAGGAGCAUAACAUUGUGCUAUGCCGUGUAGGACGCUUGCAAGACGUACCUGGCGUAAAGUUAAAAUGUGUGCGUGGCGUCUACGAUUUGGCGCAUGUUAUUAAAAAGUGAAUAGUGGUUGAACCUAUUUUCCUUAAAUAAUAAACAUAGGUGUAUACUUAUAUACAAUUAAAAAUAAAAUAUCCCAGAACGUAAUAAA